ACCUGAGCCUAUCAUCCAAUGCAUUACACGGCGGCUAUCCGUUUGAAAUGUCGUCAAUGAUUCACAAUUCAGUGAUGAAUAACAUGCAAUCAUCGGUGCCAUCAAUGCAUACCUUUAAGGAAUCCAAUGUAAGGAAUAUUCGUUACUAUACUCUGGAAGAAGAGACCAGAGAUCACAUUACAUUAAAUCCGGCCAUCAUUUCAAAUGAGUAUUGCGAUGAAGAGCUACAAAAUAAUAUAAUGUCAUCAAAAAAUUGUGCUCAAAAUUAUCUUAUCAAUGGUAAUAACGGAAUCAAUGUAUCAAAUAGACAACAUAGCGGCCAAUUAAACGACGACUCAGAGUUUUCCUAUGCCUAUAGUAGUCUUCAGCAGACAAUCUGUUUGUGUCAAGUGUUUCGACAAUCUUCUAAUACAAAGAAAUUAGCCGAAGUUAUCAAACAUAUGCCACAAGACGACCAAUUCAUGCGUAAUCAGGAGCUACUUGUGGCCCGAGCUAUACUGGCCUUCAAAGAGGGCAACUAUAAGGAAUUGUACCGUAUAUUGGAAUCACAACCAUUCGAUGAAAAACAUCACAAAGAACUCCAGAAGCUAUGGCUGGAAGCGCAUUAUGAAGAACUACACAAACAACGGGGCAAAGCGUUGGGUGCCGUAGAUAAGUAUAGAGUCAGACGGAAGUUCCCGUUGCCGAAGAAUAUUUGGGACGGAGAAGAAAUGAUCUAUUGUUUCAAAGAGAAGGCCAGAAGCUAUUUAAGGGAAUUCUAUAAGAAAAACAGUUAUCCAUCGCCUAAGGAAAAGACAGAAUUGGCAAAAACUACUGAUCUGACUCUUACUCAGGUUAGCAAUUGGUUUAAAAAUCGUCGACAACGAGACAAAGAGUCAAAUCAAAGCCGUCAUAUGUCAAUAAGUCAUGCAAGUGGUGGACAUAAUCCGCAAACAACCCGGUAUUCAAUGGCCGUCACGACUUCAACCAAUUCGAGUCCAUCUCCGGUCGGCAUUAUUCCUGUUAUACCUCAUAUAACACAGUUAGUACCCGAGGGUAUGGUCAAGAAUGAGGCACCGGUUCUUUCGCAACAGUCAUCACACCUACACUCUGGUCAUCACCACAUACCUAAUGAU